GGGCGGUCCCCCCCAGACAAGAAAGUGGGCCAUGCCCAGGGGAUGAAAGGAAUCUGCCCUGGAGCUGAUCAGGGCCUGUUAUCUGGGACACCUUCACCAGCUCAGCCUGGCCCGGAAGCUGUUCCAGCCACAGAGGCAGACCAGCCACAAGGAACUGAAGUCAGGGGUGGGAGGUCAGAGCCCUAGAGAAUAGAGAAGCUCGCUGCUGGUGAGGGAUAUGGCCAGGAUUCCUGGAAUUGGAAGAUCUUCAGCUUCGCCAUGUUUGGAGAACAAGGAAGAUAAUGAAAGUGAUGUGGCCCUUCUUAUACCUAAGGACCCUGACAGAGAACUUGCAGAGGACCAGUCUGUACACACGGAGACAUCCAGCCUUGACCUGAGCAUGCAAGGCCCACCCUGCAACCUCCCUGCUGAGCUCAGCCUAGAUGACUUCAUCCCUGGCCACCUCCGGGCCCAUGUAGGGUCAUCCUCCCGGGGAACACGGGUGCCUGUGAUCCGGAAUGGUGGCUCCAACACCCUUAAUUUCCAGUUCCAUGACCCUGCGCCCAGGACUGUGUGCAAUGGCUACAUCCCACAGAGGAGAGAAGCUUCCGAGCUCUCAGACCCUGCAUGGUAUCAGACCUGGCCAGGCCCUGGCCCCUGGUCCUCUGAGAACUCGAAGGCCUCUCCACCACAGGAUGCCCAGAACUGGUCAGCCACAUGGACCAAGGACAACAAGCAGCGGGACAAGCGCUGGGUCAAGUACGAGGGAAUCGGGCCUGUGGAUGAGAGCGGCAUGCCCAUUGCCCCCCGAUCUAGUGUUGACAGCCCCAGAGACUGGUAUCGGAAAAUGUUCCAGCAGAUUCACCGGAAAAUACCAGACCUGCAGCCUGACUGGACCUUCCAGGACCCACCCAAAGUGAUUUCCUCGUGGAACUCCUCUGCAAACCCCAAGCAGCCAGGGCCACCGCAAAGAACAUCCUCCAGGCCAGGGGGCCCUGCAGCAGCUUCUGUCGGGAGAAGCUGGGACCACUCUGAAGAGUUACCCAGAAGCACCUUCACCUAUAAUCCUGGAGAACUGCCCUCAGAGCUCCAGCCCCCACAUCAGGUGCCGAGAGAAAGACGCCGAGAGAAAGCAGAAAAUGUCUGGACAGAAGAUUCUUGGAACCAGUUUCUGCAGGAACUAGAGACUGGGCAGAAGCCCAAGAAACCGCUGGUGGAUGACCCUGUUGACAAACCCUCGCAGCGCAUCGAGGUCCUGCUGGAGAGAGAGCUAGCCAAGCUGAGCGCUGAGCUGGACAAGGACCUGCGGGCGAUUGAGACCCGGCUGCCUGCGUCCCCCAAGAGCGCGCAGGCGCCCCGACGGGCCCCGGAGCAGCGGCCGCCGGUCGGCCCGGCCUCAGCCUGGAACUUCAGCGCCCCGCAUGCACCUUACCUGGGUCCCACCCAACCCCUGAGCCCCCACAGAAUGGCGGAUGGAGGAGGAAGCCCCUUUCUAGGUCGGAGAGAUUUUGUCUACCCUUCCUCAGCCCGAGGUAAGGACCCCGCGGCCCCAUUACCUAGAUGUGCACCUACCAGAUAUGCAGACCCUAGUGCCUCCCAACGAGGCUGCAGCCCAGCCAGAAAGGAAGAGAAGAAGAGAAAGGCUGCCCGGCUCAAGUUUGACUUCCAGGCACAGUCCCCCAAGGAGCUGACUCUGCAGAAGGGUGACAUUGUCUAUAUCCAUAAGGAGGUGGACAAGAACUGGCUGGAGGGGGAACACCAUGGCCGACUGGGUAUCUUCCCUGCUAAUUAYGUGGAGGUGCUGCCUGCAGAUGAGAUCCCCAAGCCCAUCAAACCCCCCACCUACCAGGUGGUGGAGUACGGAGAAGCUGUGGCCCAGUACAACUUCAAGGGAGACCUGGAGGUGGAGCUAUCCUUCCGCAAGGGGGAGCGCAUCUGCCUGAUCCGCAAGGUGAACGAGAACUGGUACGAGGGGCGCAUCUCAGGCACGGGGCGCCAGGGCAUCUUCCCUGCUAGCUACGUGCAGGUGUCCCGCGAGCCCCGGCUCCGGGUCUGUGAAGACAGCUCCCAGCUCCCUGCAUCUCCCCGCCUGACCACCACUGCCCAUCUGGCCCGGCACCCCACCUCUCCCUCCGUACCGUGCAACCCAGCUGACCCCACCGACUGGGGGGGCCGGACCUCCCCCCGCCGCACCGGCUUCUCCUUCCCCAUCCAGGAGUCCAGACCCCAGACCCAGAAUCUCAGCACCUCUGGGCCAUCCCUGUCCCACUCUCGAGGGUCCAGCCGUCCCCUGGACAUGGGAGCCUCCUCCCCCAACACCAUGCAGAUACACUGGACUCCGUACCGGGCCAUGUACCAGUACAGGCCCCAGAAYGAGGAUGAGCUGGAGCUGCGUGAGGGGGACCGAGUGGAUGUCAUGCAGCAGUGUGAUGAUGGCUGGUUUGUGGGUGUCUCCCGGAGGACCCAGAAAUUUGGGACAUUCCCUGGAAAUUAUGUAGCCCCGGUGUGAGUGGUCUCCAUGGCAACUUGGAGCCAGCCAGGAUGGGGUGGGGAGCAGUAGCACUUACAGGAGGGAGUAGGGUCCCCACAUCAUCUUCCUCCAGACCUGCUCUCCCAGCAUCUGCAGAGACCCCAGCAGCCUUCCCUUGGAGCCCCUUCAAAGCCCCAUGGACUGAUUCCCACCCACAACUCACAGGCAUUCCUCUGAAAGCCCCUUCACCCCCACCCCCGCUCCCCAAAUACAGAGGUCUGCUUUGAAGUGGAGACUGUUUCCAGGCCUUAUUAAGACCAGACUCCUAGCCUCCCACCCCCACCCGCCAUUGCCUUUCCUCUAACAGGGACCGGCUCCGGGCUUCACCCCCKUGGGGUUCCUCUAACAAGGACCAGCCUCCUAACCUGAUGCAGACCAAAGGCCUCCAGCGCCUGCAGGACUUCCUCCCCUUUCUCGCCAGCUAGCCUGCUGCCCCUUUGCCUUAUGGCCUCCAGCUGGGCCUGGGAGCGAGGUGGGGGACAGAUGCAGCCCCUUCUUAGCCUUCAAGCACUAGCGAGAGGUCUCGCCUCAAGGCCUCUGCUUCCCAGAGGCUGCGAGGUCUGGGCCUGGGUUCUGCACAUCCUCCUGUGGCCACKGUUUCCAGCACCACUGGCUUCUCCCAGACAAUCCACAGGGAGACUUUGCUGCGCUCUUGCCUCCCAGCUCUCCUCCAUGUUCAAAGUCCCUCUGGAAGAUGAUGUAAAAUAAAUCUGGAU